UAUAUGUAUUCGCAGGGGUUUGUGUCCCUAACCCCCUUAAAUCUCAGGGGUCAGCUGUAUCUUGUUUCGCAUUUAUGCUUUACUGCACUAAAGUUCUUUGACAUUCCCGUUACUUGCGUUUUAAGUAGAUGCCCCAUUCCUUUAACUUUUUUCCAACCCUGAUUUAUAAAAAUACUUCUGGACUUUAAUCAUUAUAUGGUCGAGUUUCUCAAUAUUAAUGUGUUAGUCAUACUGCUUGUAAAUUCUGGAAGGUCUCUUUCACUGUUCCUUUGUGGGUAGGAAUUGUUUAGGGUGUAUUGACAGCGGCUCCUCUUUAUCUCUGUGAAUGGAGGGCAGCUCGAUAAAAUUCUUUUUAUUUUUAUAUUUUAUUGUGAAUAUGUGUACUAAACAUUAACAAUUUAGUAGAAGAGAAAGCGUGUAUUGCAGAAAUGCAGGUUAUCAUUGACAAGAAGUUUAACCAGACAUCUGAGUCAAAUUUUUAGGCUUUCACAAUGUGUACCCAAGUAAUUGAGCAUGGUAAACAUAAAGUUUAACUGCUAGGUGAGAGGAGACCAAUUAUGUAGCUGGGGGUCAAAGGGACUAUGUAGUAAACAUCUAUAAUGUUUCAUGAUUACUGAUAAAUCAGUCAUAGCCGGAUACCUGCUACAGUGUGCCUUGCAUGAUGCAUUGUUAGAUGGUAAGAUUCUUUGCAGUAUUCCUUUGGUCCCAUUUGCAGUACUUUGCUUUUUGCUUUUAAUUUCUUCUAUUUAGUUAUGUCCUGCCAGGAUGCAUAAUUUUCUUUGUUUUGCUUCAGUUUUUACUUGCCAUUCAAGAACAAAUCCUUUGAGGGUGAUCAUAUUAAAUUACGGUCUAUUAAUAGAGCAGACUUAGAGGAGAGGCCUUGUAUGUUUAAACAUGAAAACGUUGGAAUGGAGAAGUGAGGGUUGGAAAUCAAGUGUAAGCAGAAUUCAGAUUAUGGGGACUGGAAGGGAAACAAUCAGUUGAUAUCUGGGAAUGGCCAUGUAGUUAUUCUUUUCAUGGUAUAGUGAUUAAUCCAAUAUUGUACUCCGAGUUAAAUACAAAAAAUUAUCACAGAAAUUGCUCAGGAUUGCCAGGUAUUUUAUGGUCCCAAGUUGGGUGGUCCAACUUUGGUGGAACCAUAAUUUAUUGGAAAAAAGUAGAAUGGAAAGGUUCAAGGUUGCCAAAAAUCUGCAAUUACUAUAUAAUAAAUAUGAUUUACUUAACACUAGCAAAGAAAAUGUGAAAGAGUAAAGGAGGGCCUUAAUAGUAGAAUUGCACAUUUUCAUAAGAUUGCUUUAUACAGCUGUUUUUAUUUUCAAGUGUCCAGUUAAAGCAUUUGUGAAUUUUUUCUUAACUGAUGUAAAUUACACUGUAAAGUGAUGAUCUUUCAUAUAUUGAUCUAAGAUUGACUAAAAAUACCAACAUAUGAACUGGGCAGGUGUUUCACUGCAGUCUGCAUCUUCUUUAGUGUAAUUUUACUGCACUUGAAUACUCUGUGCUUGAUCAGUUUAAAAUUGAAACAAUACUACCUUUCUUUGGUGCAUUUUAUUUUUAUUCUAUUACAUUGAAAUGGCUGUAUAUGUUCCAUACAAGAAAAUUACAUUUCUGCAUUGUAGCUUAACUUUUAUAGCCAUAGUUGUAAAGUUUCUUUUCACUCCCUUGAAGAUGGUGGUUGUACUGCAUUAUAGCAAAACCUGCGCAGCUUGUACAAGUGUAGGGCAUGUGUUCCUGUCAGUGGCUAAUGCAGCACAACACUUGCCAAAUGUUACCUUUGCGCGCAUUGACACCCUCACCAACAUCCUGCCAUGGCAUCUGUACUUUGAAAAUCUCCCAACUAUUAUAGUCCAUCCCCACUUUCGGAAAAGUGAGAGUAGAAUAUUCGACUCUACCAAUGCACUGACUCCAGCCAAUCUUCUGUCCUUCAUAGUUGCCAAUUUGGAUGCAGGUCAUCGUCUCAUGCUAGCCCUCUCUACCUGCCAAGAGGAGUGUAAGGAAAAGGUGUUACAAGCAGCAAGACUUACUACCACUCAGCUUCAUCACUCCUUAACUAUUUCAUCAGCAAAACUUCAGCAUAUAAUGGGUCUUAUAUCUAAAGUGAUCAUCGGUGAAAAGCAAGAUAAAUCCUCAGCUCACAAGACAGCACACUAUCACUUGUUAGCUUUCACAAAGGCACAUCUUGUUAGACAAAUUAAAAAGUUGAGGAUAAAGCUUGUUCACUUAAGUCAGUUAAAUAAACUUUUGAGUGUUGCACUUGAGAAACAGUUACCCAUUUUCACAGAGCUGUUAAAAUCUAUGUAUUACAUUACACAUAAAAGAAAUAGUAUCUCAAAAGAUAUUCCAGACCAGAAUGUCCUUCACGAUGAACUCUAGUGAUUGUUAUGCUAACUAGUUCAUGCUGGAGUAUUGCUGUGAUAUUUAAAGUUUAUAUACUCUAUACUGUAGUUUAUAUAUUUAUAUGAAGUAAAUUUAUAUGUAAAUAUUUGUUGAGUUACUGAGUUUUGUAUUUUGUUUAAUUAGUUCAUUUUAAUGGAUCUGCACAGUGCUUUGCAGAAGUUAUUGUAAGAGUAGUAAAUUCCUUUUGAUAUAGGUUUCAGUCGAGAGGCUAAUUGAGAAAGUAAAUGAUUCUGUAAAUUAAUUAAAGAAUGAUGGUGAUACAGCACACUUACGAUUACUGUCAGCACUGUAGGGCUGCAGAUUUACAGAUUAAUAUGUACAAUACUAUAAAUAUUAAAGUCUUGAAAAUGAGCACUUCCAGAAAAAGUAAUAGGCUUCUUCUAGAAGCUGUAUACUGUAUUUAACAAAUCUCAUGAUAAUGUCAGACAUUAUCUUUGUGUAUGUUAAGGUUUUGAAUCGGUAAUGUGACAAAUUUCCUGCACUUGUGUUUACAAAAAAAGAAGUUUACAUUCUUGCUUCUGUGUGAUUUCUCAUUUAUUUCAGUGAAAUACUGUAAUUGAAAUGUUUUUCUUCUUUGAAGAACUUUGUUGUAGCAGUGAUUUUUAGUAAAUAAAAAAUU